AUGGCCGAGAGCAAAGGAGAACUGCCUCCCAAAGGACUUUGUCAACCAGGUCCUGAACUGGACAGAAUCUGUCCUCCAAAAAUCCAAAGUAGCAGUUCUGCUGACUGCCCUCGUUGCUUCUCCAAGGAUAGAGAACUCUAUCAUCUUGUGAUCGCUGUGCCCACAACAGCUUCCAACCAUCACAUCAACCACAAGACCUUCCCUGUUAACAAAAUACAAGUCAAGUGGGAUACCUUGCCUAGUCGGUUCCCUCACCACCUGCACCAGGAAGUUACCAUCCACACAUUCCGGAAAUCUCCUAGUCUGCUUCUUCUCCAUGUAAUCAUCUUCCCAGGGAUUCUGUUUGAUGGCAAGUUAAAUAUGACUCAACAGGACGUCCUGGCAGACAAAAGGGCCAGCUGUACUCUGGGAUGCAUCAAACACAGCACUGCUAGCCGGUCGAGGGAAGGGAUUGUCCUGCUCUGCUCUGUGUUGCUGCAGCCUCACCUCCAGUACUGUGUGAGUUUUGGGAGCCACAAUAAAAUAUCAGAAAUUAGUGAAGCAAACAAUCUACUGGUUCUUCAGCUGGAAAAAUCUAACAGGUUGUUAUCAUUAAGCCAAUCAAAGGAGGAAUCAGUAAAAGAAGAAUGCACUGCCCUACAGAAUGUGAUCAAGGGUCUAACACAAACUCUUGAAAAUCACUGCAACGUGAAAGAUGAAAACGGUAGACUGAAGGAAAACAUUCACAUUUUGGAAGAGAAAUUAAAGGCUUGUGAACAGGAAUAUAAAGAUCAGAUUGAGAAACUUAUGAUAGAAAUUCAAAACAAAGAAGAAGCCCACAAAUUAGAAAUAACACGCUUGAACUGCAACAUAAGAAAAAAAUCUGAAGCACAAGAGGUGGAGUUUAGAGAACAAAUAGAGAAGAAAGAACUGGAAAUACUAGAGCUAACUAGGCAGCUGAAAACUCAAGAUGAAGAGAAGCAAAAUGAAAUAAUUAAACUGCAGAUAGAGUUCAAUGCUAAAUUGGCAAGAGUCCAGAACAAAACAACAAAGUCAUUUUCAGAUGCUUCUGUCUUGCCACAAAGUAUCUAUCGAAGGAAGUUGCAGCAUCUCCAGGAGGAGAAAAACAAGGAAAUUGAAGUUCUCCGAAACACCAUAAGAGACUUAGAGCAACGUCUUAAUAAAGUCCAGGACUUGCACUUCAAACGGAGGCGGUUUUGAGUAAAUAGUAUGAG